UAGUUUUUGUUUCCCAAUUCCGUUGUUUUAUCCAGUCUGCUUUCCACCGUCAUCCGUCAUCCAUUCUUUUAGAUCGUUCAUGCUCCGCGCGCCCAUAAAUCCGAAGUCCCAGGUGAAAAAUCAAAGCUGCGACUGCAAUUUUCUCGUGCAAUAAUUUCGAAAAAUGCCUCAAUUGUGCAACAAAUAAUCUACACAUAUUUUCUACGCAAGAAAUAUUGAAUGAAAAAUGUUUAGUGUUUAAUCAUAAUAUGUGUGCAAACAAUAAUCAAUUAUUAUAGAAAACUAAUAAAAAAGCGCUUUGGCCUUGUGGGCCAUCCCCCCACAAAAACAAAAAAAGUCGCAACAACAACGUAAAAUCCUUUAGGGAACAUCCACCCCGAAGAAGAAUCUUUUAGACUGAACAAAAAUCGGACAAUUGGAAUAUAAUACUUAAUCAUUUUUAAAAUGUUUUACAACACAAUGGAACUGCAUCAACGACAUCUCUCCAAUUUUUACAAAUUGCAAAACUGAGAAAUAAAAGUCUUUUUGAUACUAUAUAGAAUAUUUGGAUAAGAGAGGAAGGGAAGAUACUCCCCUCCCGCCAGCAAAUCCAUUCAAAGUGGAUGCCCUGAUAAGUGCAGCAAAAGGUGACAGCAGUCAUGCCGAACAUGUCUAGCAUUAAGGCUGAGCAGCAGAGUGCCCCAAUGGGGGGCACGGGCAGCUAUCAACUGCCCGUGAAUAUGUGCACGAGCAGCAGCGCCACGACCACGACGACGACACCAUCACGUCACAAUGUGUCCGUGACGAACAUUAAAUGUGAACUGGAGGAGCUUCCCACGCCGAAUGGCAAUCUGGUGCCGGUCAUCGCCAACUACAAUCAUGGCAGCCUGAGGAUACCGCUCAGUGGGCAGCCGCACAACCAGCAGGACCAGGAGGAGUCCGAUUCCGAGGCGGAGCUCACGAAUAUCGAGAACCUAAAGGUGCGCCGGCGAGCGGCGGAUAAGAACGGCCCACGGCCCAUGUCCUGGGAGGGAGAACUGAGCGAACCCGAGGAGAACGGCGUCAGCGCCGGGAGUGGAGGUGCAGAACUGAUGGAAACGGAGACGGUAAUCAAGAGUGAGGAGUGCACCACAUCCACGCCCAUUCAGGCGGCGUCCACCACCUGCCCCACAAUGCAACCGAUCAAAACGGAGCUGGAUAACAUUGCCGGCGAGCUGCAGCAUCCGCGAAGCAACGCCUAUCCGGUGUCCAGCUGCAAUGGUCCCGCCAAACUGAAGCUGGCACCCACCCAGAGCGAUCCGAUCAAUCUCAAGUAUGAGCCCCCCCUGGGGGACAACAACUCCCCUCUGUUGACGACGCGCAACAAGUCGAACAGUGGGGGCCACCUGCCGCUGCCCGCGAAUCCCAGUCCCGACUCUGCCAUACAUUCCGUCUACACCCACAGCUCACCAUCGCAGUCGCCGCUGACGUCGCGGCAUGCCCCAUACACGCCGUCGCUGAGUCGCAACAACAGCGAUGCCUCGCACAGCAGUUGCUACAGCUACAGCUCGGAGUUUAGUCCGACCCACUCGCCGAUUCAGGCUCGGCAUGCCCCACCGGCCGGAUCCAUGUAUCCGGGCAGCGGAUCAGCGGGAGGAAACGGCGCAGGCAGCAGCUAUGGCAAUGGUGUGCAUCAUCAUGGCAUGCUCUACAGGCCGCUUAAAGUGGAGGCCACCUCAACGGGCGGAUCGGUGGGUGGUGGUGGCUCCUGCAGCCAGGAGUCGGCACAAAAUCUCAGCAUGGACUCUGCCUCCAGUGCCAUGGAUCCGCUGGGAUCCGGCUCGUUGCCCGCCUCCCCGGCUGGCAUAUCCCGCCAGCAGCUGAUCAACUCUCCGUGUCCGAUAUGUGGCGAUAAGAUAAGUGGCUUCCACUAUGGCAUCUUCUCCUGCGAGUCCUGCAAGGGUUUCUUUAAGCGCACCGUCCAGAAUCGCAAGAAUUAUGUGUGCGUUCGCGGUGGACCCUGCCAGGUGAGCAUUUCCACGCGAAAAAAGUGCCCCGCGUGUCGGUUCGAGAAGUGCCUGCAGAAGGGCAUGAAACUGGAGGCCAUACGCGAGGAUCGCACGCGUGGCGGUCGUUCAACCUAUCAAUGCUCCUACACGCUGCCCAAUUCAAUGUUGAGUCCGCUCUUAAGUCCGGAUCAAGCGGCGGCAGCCGCUGCGGCAGCUUCAGCGGUCAAUCAUCAGCACCAGCAUCAGCAUCAGCACCAGCAACAUCAUCAGCAUCAACAGCAGAGACUACAUCAGCAGAUGAAUGGCUAUUCGGGUUCCACAUCACUGCCAGCGAGUCCCAGUCUGGGUGGAGCAUCCAUCAAAACAGAGGAAAACGAUGCCCAGACGUUAAGAGCGAGCAGUAUUCCAACGCUAUUGCAGGAAAUCAUGGAUGUUGAACAUCUUUGGCAGUACACCGAUGCAGAGCUGGCCCGCAUCAAUCAGCCAUUGUCCGCCUUUGCCACUGGUGGCAGCUCCUCAUCAUCAUCGUCAUCGUCGGUCGCAUCAACGGCACCACACCAGAGCCAUCAGCAGCAGCAGCAACAGCAACAGCAUCAGCAGCAACAAUUGACGAAUCCACUGCUGGCCAGUGCUGGUCUCUCAUCCAAUGGGGAGAAUGCCAAUCCAGAUCUGAUUGCACAUCUCUGCAAUGUGGCCGAUCAUCGUCUCUAUAAGAUUGUCAAAUGGUGCAAGAGUCUUCCACUUUUUAAGAACAUUUCGAUUGAUGAUCAAAUUUGUCUGCUCAUCAAUUCGUGGUGCGAACUGUUGCUCUUCUCCUGCUGUUUUCGUUCGAUUGAUACGCCCGGCGAGAUAAAGAUGUCACAAGGCAGAAAGAUAACACUAUCACAGGCCAAAACGAAUGGUCUUCAGACCUGCAUCGAACGCAUGCUCAAUCUGACGGAUCAUUUAAGGCGCCUGCGCGUGGAUCGCUACGAAUAUGUUGCCAUGAAGGUGAUAGUGCUGCUGCAGUCAGAUACCACAGAGCUGCAUGAGGCGGUAAAAGUGCGCGAGUGCCAGGAGAAGGCAUUGCAGGGCCUGCAGGCCUACACGCUGGCCCACUAUCCGGAUACGCCCUCAAAGUUUGGUGAGCUGCUGCUGCGCAUACCCGACCUGCAGCGCACAUGUCAGCUGGGCAAAGAAAUGCUGACGAUCAAGACACGCGAUGGAGCUGAUUUCAAUUUGCUGAUGGAGCUAUUGCGCGGAGAACAUUGACAAUUGUUGGCGGCGACGAAGUUUUACAUAUUUAGUAUUAGAUAUAUCUAUUGUAGGGUUAAGUGCUCUACCUAUAAGCUCUGAAAACAUGUGCCUAAAAAACCCAAAGCCACAACAGCAGUCGUUGCCGCAAACGGGGAACCCCGAUCACGAUCCCUCCUCGAGCAUUGACCCAAAACCUAUGCGCAAAAUUGCCAAAAUUUUUAUACACGAAUUAUACAUAAGUAUGUACAAGUAUUUUGAUAUCUAUGAGGAAUGCCAUAUGCUUGGAGGGAAUAUUCGGAAUCGCCCCCGCGCGUGCAUCCCACCUGCUCGUUGCUGGCUUAUGAGUUUUCCAGUAAGAAGGAAAAAGAAAAUGGAUAAAAAGUAUAUAACGUUUUUCGCUGUAUAUGAAUGAAAUAUAUACCGAUGACUUAUGUAUAGAGUAAACUAAAGCACACAAUGGAAAAUGAAAAGACUAAGAAAAUUUAUUUAAAAAAUUACUAUAAACAAAAACAACAACAAAAAGGCAGUAACAAAAAAUGCAAAAUCAAAUUUAAAUUUAAGUUUAAGCAGCUAGCUACUUUUUGUAUACAUACAUAAAAAACUUAUAUAAAACUAUUUAUAUAAAUGCCAAAACCAAUUUGGUUUGAUAGAAGAAGAGCUGCUAGAAUUUUCGAUAAAUAUAUAUAUAUAUCUAGUAUAUAUAUACAUUUACAUAUAUGUAUAAAUCUUUGUAUGUAAAUGAAGUCCAAAUGGGAUGUUCAAUUUUUAAAUGUUGUAGCAUUUAGUUAUAGUGCAAUUUCACACAUGUCUACUUAUAAACUAUAUAUAUAUAUUAUAGUUAUAUAUAUUUAGAUAUAUGUCAUAAACCUAUGUCUUUAGCCAGAUAUGGCCACAAAACUAUAUACAUACAAGAA